CAGAGGGCGACGUUCGGCGGCGCGGCGCAUUGGCGACUUCCGGCGCGGCCAUUUUGUUUUUCACUGCUCACCAAGGGUACGUGCAUCCGCCGGCCGCGGUCGGGCUGUGUUUGGCACCAUGUUUCCUGUGGCCAGGGCUGCUUUGAACCUCACGGCUCGUGGUGUUCAGCGUACUGCAGUAAGACAAACUCAUCAUCGCAAACAUGAACCUAACUUCCAUGAUAAAUAUGGAAAUCUGGUGCUAAUUGGCGGAGCAGCAGUUUUUGCUUCUGUCUGGGGAUAUGUGUUCACAAAAUCUGGAAUCGAGUGGGGCUUGUCACCAGUUGGCAGAGUCACUCCGAAAGAAUGGAGGGAGUAACAGCUUUUGUUUGUAAUGAACUGGUCUAAGCUUUCACUGGAGGAAAAAACAAGUACGCAUGUGCCACGAAUAUAAUGGCAUUUGUUCCCUGGGUACCACUUGUGCUGUGGCAUUCCUGGUCUAAUAAACAUACCUAGAAAUCUC